CUGCAUCAUCUUUAUGCAUUCCAUUCUCAGUACACAAUCUGGAUUUGUUUCCUGAUCCAUCACGUAUGUGUAAAUGUCCACCACAAGCCACAAAACAUUCUGUGCAAAUAUUAUGUACUUGUUGUUCAUUUGAGGUAUUGGAAGCAAUAUUGUGGAUUUCAGUGAAUGCUGGACAGGAUUUUAGGCCAAGAUAUGGAACUUGUACAUUUCUUCCAACAAUACUCCAAGAAUGUUGA